GGCGCACCCUCUCGGCGAGAAGGGGGGGUGGGACUGGAGAGGUGGUGUCCUUAGCAAGAUGGCGGCGAGCGGUUUGCGGUCGGGUGCUGCUGUGGCGAGCACCGCCGUGAAGCCCAUUUUCAGUCGGGACAUGAACGAGGCCAAGCGGAGGGUGCGCGAGCUUUACCGCGCCUGGUAUCGGGAGGUGCCGCACACUGUGUCCUUAUUCCAGCUAGACAUCACUGUGAAACAGGGACGGGAUAAAGUCCGAGAAAUGUUUAUGAAGAAUGCCCACAUCACAGACCCCAGGGUGGCUGACCUUCUGGUGAUUAAGGGAAAGAUGGAACUGGAGGAAACAAUUAAUGUGUGGAAGCAGCGGACACAUGUUAUGCGGUUCUUCCAAGAAACAGAAGCACCAAGGCCAAAGGAUUUCCUGUCCAAGUUCUAUGCUGGCCAUGACCCAUAAAGCCACUCAGUAGGAAGGUGCAUGUUAUAUAAUUAUUUUAGAGUACAAAUAAAUCAGUGAUAUGAUAGUCACUUCAUGACAGAA